AUGACGUUCAUCAAGGCUCUCAUUCCUCUUGCGCUUUACCUUGCUGGAGCGCAGGCUAAGUCUUGCUCUGCUGGUGGUAAGCCCACCGCUGAGUUUUGCUCAAAGGACCUUCCUCUGUCAUGUCACAACACUACCGCCGUUCAAGACACUUGCUGCUUCAUUCCCGCUGGCCAGCUUCUUCAGACUCAAUUCUGGGAUAGUGACCCUGUAGCUGGGCCUCACGACUCAUGGACUAUUCACGGUCUCUGGCCCGACUACUGCGACGGCACAUAUCCCCAGUUCUGUGACAAGUCCCGCGAGUACACCAACAUCAAGGACCUCGUAACCAAGUUCCUCGGCAAAAAGACCGUGUCCUACAUGGAUAAGUACUGGGUCAGCCAAGACGGCAAUGACGAAUCUCUCUGGGAGCACGAGUUCAGCAAGCACGGCACAUGCAUCAGCACCCUCGAGCCAAGCUGCUACACCAACUAUGAGACCGGCGCCGAAGCCGCCGAUUACGUCAAGAAGACCAUCUCCCUGUUCAAGACUCUUCCUACGUACAAGUGGCUCGCUGAGGCUGGUAUCAAGCCUUCCACGACAAAGACUUACACUGCCGAUGAGAUUGUGGAUGCUUUGGCGGAACACCAUGGCGCUCGUGUCACCAUCGGAUGCUCUAAUGGCUCAUUGAGCGAGGUUUGGUACCAUUUCAAUGUUAAGGGCUCGCUGCAGGAUGGCCAGUUUGUGUCUACUGAGCCUGAUGGAAGCAAGAGCUCUUGCCCAGACGCCGGUAUCAAGUAUGCCCCUAAGAAGUAA